CCUCUAUUUUACCUUCCCCGCCCUGUCAUAUAAAAGUGUCUCCCUCUUAGCACACCUGUAUGCGGCUCGCUGGCUCGAGCCAAGGAUCAAGAAGAGGUACAAGAAACAAAAACAUAAGAAAAUAUCUAACAACAUUUUAAACAUCUAACAACAUUUUGGACCACAUUUGAAAGCAACUAUAAGAGAGAAAAAAAGAAGUACCAGUACAAACUAAGAGAAAUCAUUGAGUAACUGUUCUAUAAGAGAUUUAAGAAAGUGUCCUAACCUUGAUCGAACUACAUCAAAACAAACUUCCCAGCUGUUGUAACUUUUUGUUUCGUCGUCUGGAAAAAAACCCACCAAGGUGUGCAAAGAGCCUACAGAGAGUGUGUAAGCCGUAAGCAAAGAGUGAGAUCUUCUGAAAGCCAAGACGUGUUUAUCCCUCCAGGACUUGACGAGGUUCUCACUUUGUACACCAAACAUAUGAUGAGACUCCUAUAUUCUAUUACGCUUCUGGUUGCCCUGGUUUGCACCUGCGAGGCUGGAGUCCAAGCCCACGAUCCACAAGAUCUCCAAACAGCCUUUAACCUUUUUGAUUGGUUAAAAGGUUUAGUAAGCAAUGGCGGAACCAACUCUCAAAAGACGGAAAUAAGAUAUAAUGAUAAUUUAGUCACAAAGUGUCCACCUAACGUAAUGUUUGUACUGGACGGCUCUGACAGUGUGUCGCCCAUUGGCUUCACUUACGCCAAAACAGCCUUAGUCAGAGAAAUCAGAACUGUCACAACAACCUACUCUGAUGCUCAUGUAGGGGUCAUACUCUUUAGUGACGUCACAGAAGAAAUCGUCAUCAAGGCACGUACUCCCAGUGAGAUUGAAGACCUGAUCAAGCAGGUAAACGCUCUGAAACAGCCCAGAAGGAAAACUGCUAUCCCUGUGGCGCUCAGGAGAGCCAGACAAAUUUUAUUAGAGUAUUCUAGCCAGGAGUAUAGAGCUUACAAUGGUGAAAGAAGCGGAAAUGUCAUUGUUUUAUUAUCCGACGGUAACCCUGACAACCAACGAGCUACUAUUUCGGAAGCCAAAAUCGCCAAAGAUCGUGAAAUUCUGAUCAUCUCUCUUUCGUUGGAAGACGCUCUACUCCAGCUGCUUCAAGAUAUCUCUCACGUUGUACAAGAAUACAGAACUGCUAUUAACUGGCAAUCUCUUGUGGCUUGUCCAGGUCGUGUAUUGGAGAUAGUCCCUAAAGGAUCAGGCUGUCGUGACAUACUCUUUGUUGUCGAUGGCUCGGACAGCGUACUCAGACGUCAGGACAUUGUUAGGCAAUACCUGGCUUACGCUUCUCUUCGAUACCGCCAGGUGUCCAACGCCAUUGGGGUCAACAUUUACGGAACUGAUCCUAACGUUCAACCAAGUGAUACUAGACUCAGGUUGGAAGAAGACAAACAUAAACUGGCUGAAAGAAUCAGACUCAAUCUCAUGUUUCCCAAAAGUGGCGGUACGGGUGCUGACAAAGCAAUCAGACAAUCUAUUAACAUGUUAGAUGAUGAUGUCCGUGGCAGACCCAGCUCCUUAGUGCUCAUUAUCGAUGGACCUCCUAUUGACCUCCAAGCAACACGACAGGCCAUUCAAACAGCAAGGGUCAGUGGUUACCCUGUCAUCAUUAUCCGUGUUGGGACAGCGCUUAGUGAUGAAGAUCUGAAUCAGAUGAGUGGUGGAUUAACAGGGGAUGUGUACAGCGUGAGCAGCUUCACUGAACUAUACACAGUAGAUUUCGAUCAUUCUGUCUGCAAGCCAGAUUCUCCUUGCACAGUCUCAAGCAAGUCUUGUUCUUCACCUUAUAUUUUUGACCAAAAAACGUGCUCGUGUGCUUGCCCUGAUGUAUGCCCAUAUAAAAAAACACAUGAUGCCAAAUGCAACUGUGUAUGUCUUGACAAGUGUCCUUUUGGAAAACUUCAGGAUGCCAACUGCAACUGUUACUGCCCCACCAAUAACUGUCCCUCAGGACAGCAGUAUGAUAAUUGUACCUGCCUUACAUGCUCAGGUUCCUGUCCAGCAGGCCAGAUUAUGAGCAGUAAUUGCCAAUGUUUGUGCUCAAGUACACUCCAGGCCCCACAUUCAACAUGUGGCUGUGUAACACAAUGUCAAUCUCCAUUGAUGUAUAACUACAAUACGUGCUCUUGUGAAAGUAUUUUACAAUGUCCAACUAAUGCUUACAAAUCUGGUAACACCUGUGUCUGUAACAAUCCGUAUACAUAUAAUAGUGGUUUGAAUACUUGUGAUUGUCCUAAGCAGUGUCCCUCCAAUGCUUAUAGAUCUGGCAAUUGUGGUUGCACUUGUUUUUCUUCCUCUUACUAUUAUAACAGUGCUUUAAACACAUGUGAAUUAUCUUUACAGUGUCCAACAAAUGCCUACAGAUCUGGCAACACCUGCGUGUGUAACUCUCCUUAUACAUAUAACAGUGGAGCAAAUACUUGCGAUUGUUCAAGCCAGUGUCCAUCAAAUGCUUACAGAUCUGGAACAUGUAGUUGUACCUGUUACAGCUCAUCCAAUGUUUACAACAGUGUGACUAAUACGUGUGAUACAUCACUCCAGUGCCCAUCAGAAUCAUACAGAUCUGACAAUACUUGUAUCUGUACUGCUGCUUUCUAUAUUUAUAAUAGUGGAACAAACACAUGUGACCCUCAGUGUCCAACAAAUGCAUAUAAAUCUGGCAACAGUUGUGUGUGUAACUCUCCUUACACAUAUAACAGUAGAUUGAAUACUUGCGACUGUCUAAGCCAGUGUCCAUCAAAUGCUUACAGAUCUGGAACAUGUAGUUGUACAUGUUAUAGCUCAUCCAAUUUUUACAACAGUGUGACUAAUACUUGUGAAACCUCACUUCAGUGUCCAGCCAAUUCCUAUAGAUCUGGCAAUACUUGUAUCUGCACUGCUGCUUUUUAUACUUUUAACAGUGGAACAAAUACAUGUGACAUUCAGUGUCCCUCCAAUGCAAACAGAUCUGGCAAUACUUGUAUAUGUAGCUCACCUUACACAUAUAACAGUGUAACAAAUACAUGUGAACUUCAGUGUCCAGCCAAUUCUUACAGAUUUGGCAAUACUUGUGUAUGUAACUCACCUUAUACAUAUAGCAGUGUGUCAAAUACUUGUGAUAUUCUGUGUCCAGCCAAUGCUUACAGGUCUGGCUCAACAUGUGCAUGUUAUUCUCCUUAUACAUAUAACAGUGUAAACAAUACUUGUGACUCUCAGUGCCCUUUCAACUCAUACAAAUCUGGAAACAGCUGUAUUUGUAAUAGCCCUUACAGAUAUAAUAUUGGAACCAAUACUUGUGAUUGUCCAUAUCCAUGUCCAGUGAAUGCUUAUAGGUCUGGUGUGUGUGACUGUACAUGUAACAACACACUUUUGAAUUUUAAUUCAACAGGUAACAUUUGUGAGAGACCAUUUCAAUGUACACUCAAUUGUCCACAGCCACAGAAACCUGAUUUGUCUUGCUCAUACUGUGAAUGCCCAACUCAAUGCCCUGCCAAUGCCUACAGAUCUGGCACAUGUGGCUGUACAUGUACCACUGCAUCAAAUGUCUACAACACUAUCACAAAUACAUGUGAUGUCCAGUGUCCUACUAAUGCCUACAGAUCUGGCAACACCUGUUUAUGUAACUCUCCUUAUAAUUAUAAUAUUGGAUCAAAUACAUGUGAAUGUCCAAGACAAUGUCCAACUACUGCUUAUAGAUCUGGCACCUGUAGCUGUACCUGUACCUCUUUAUCCAAUGUCUAUAACAGUGAAACAAAUACUUGUGACCCUCAGUGUCCAACAAAUGCAUAUAAGUCUGGCAACAGUUGUGUGUGUAACUCUCCUUAUAUAUAUAAUAUUGGAUCAAAUACAUGUGACAUCCAGUGUCCAUCCAAUGCUUACAGAGCUGGCUCCACUUGUGUGUGUAAUACUCCCUAUAAAUAUAACAGUGUAACCAAUACUUGUGACUGUCCAACUCAAUGUCCAUCAAAUGCUUACAGAUCAGGGACAUGUAGUUGUACAUGUUAUAGUACUUCCAAUGUUUUUAACAGUACAUCUAAUAGUUGUGACCAACUUCUUCAGUGUCCAACCAACUCCUACAGAUCUGGCACUACUUGUGUUUGUAAUUCUGCUUACUAUACUUAUAAUAGUGGAUCCAAUACUUGUGAACUUCAGUGUCCAAGCAAUGCCUACAAAUCUGGCUCCUCAUGUGUGUGUAACACUCCUUAUACCUACAACAGUGGAUCCAAUACUUGUGACAUCCAAUGUCCAACUAAUGCUUACAGAACUGGUUCCACAUGUGUAUGUAAUGCUCCCUAUAGUUAUAAUAGCCUAACAAAUACUUGUGACUGUCCAACUCAAUGUCCAUCAAAUGCUUACAGAUCAGGAACAUGUAGCUGUACAUGUUAUAGUUCUUCCAAUGUUUUUAACAGUACAUCUAAUACUUGUGACCAACUUCUUCAGUGUCCAACCAACUCCUACAGAUCUGGCACUACUUGUGUUUGUAAUUCUGCUUACUAUACUUAUAAUAGUGGAUCCAAUACUUGUGAACUUCAGUGUCCAAGCAAUGCCUACAAAUCUGGCUCCUCAUGUGUGUGUAACACUCCUUAUACCUACAACAGUGGAUCCAAUACUUGUGACAUCCAAUGUCCAACUAAUGCUUACAGAACUGGUUCCACAUGUGUAUGUAAUGCUCCCUAUAGUUAUAAUAGCCUAACAAAUACUUGUGACUGUCCAACUCAAUGUCCAUCAAAUGCUUACAGAUCAGGAACAUGUAGCUGUACAUGUUAUAGUUCUUCCAAUGUUUUUAACAGUACAUCUAAUACUUGUGACCAACUUCUUCAGUGUCCAACCAACUCCUACAGAUCUGGCACUACUUGUGUUUGUAAUUCUGCUUACUAUACUUAUAAUAGUGGAUCCAAUACUUGUGAACUUCAGUGUCCAAGCAAUGCCUACAAAUCUGGCUCCUCAUGUGUGUGUAACACUCCUUAUACCUACAACAGUGGAUCCAAUACUUGUGACAUCCAAUGUCCAACUAAUGCUUACAGAACUGGUUCCACAUGUGUAUGUAAUGCUCCCUAUAGUUAUAAUAGCCUAACAAAUACUUGUGACUGUCCAACUCAAUGUCCAUCAAAUGCUUACAGAUCAGGGACAUGUAGUUGUACCUGUUACAGUUCUUCCAAUGUUUUUAACAGUGCAUCUAAUACUUGUGAUCAACUUCUUCAGUGUCCAACCAACUCUUACAGAUCUGGCACUACUUGUGUUUGUACUUCUGCUUACUACACUUAUAAUAGUGGAUCUAAUACUUGUGAUCUCCAGUGUCCAAGCAAUUCUUACAGAUCUGGAUCCACAUGUGUGUGUAGCUCUCCAUAUACCUAUAACAGUGGAUCCAAUAUUUGUGACCUUCAGUGCCCCACCAAUGCUUAUAGAUCUGGCACCAGUUGUGUGUGUAACUCUCCCUAUACCUAUAACAGUGUUACUAAUAAUUGUGACUGUCAAAUUCAGUGUCCGUCAAAUGCGUAUAGAUCUGGAACAUGUAGUUGUACUUGUAACAGUUCUACCUUUGUUUAUAACAGUACAUCUAAUACAUGUGAAGUACAGUGCCCUAUAAAUUCAUACAGAUCUGGCAACACCUGUGUGUGUAAUUCUCCUUACACUUAUAUGAGUGGAACCAAUACUUGUGAUUGUCAAAGUCAAUGUCCAUCAAAUGCUUACAGAUCUGGAACAUGUAGUUGUACCUGUUAUAGCUCAUCCAAUGUUUACAACAGUGUGACUAAUACUUGUGAAACUUCACUUCAGUGUCCAGCCAAUUCCUACAGAUCUGGAAAUACUUGCAUCUGUACUUCAGCUUUCUAUACUUUUAACAGUGGAACAAACACAUGUGAUCUUCAAUGUCCAACCAAUGCCUACAAAUCUGGAAGCACUUGUGUGUGUAACUCUCCUUACAAAUAUAACAGUGGAUCAAAUACUUGUGAUUGUCCAAGCCAGUGUCCAUCAAAUGCUUACAGAUCUGGAACAUGUAGUUGUACCUGUUACAGCUCAUCCAAUUUUUACAACAGUGUGACUAAUACUUGUGAAACUUCAUUUGAGUGUCCAGCCAAUUCUUACAGAUCUGGAAAUACUUGUAUCUGUACUUCUGCUUUCGAUACAUAUAACAGUGGAACAAAUACUUGUGACCGCCAAUGUCCAACAAAUGCCAUCCGAUCUGGAAACAAUUGUCAGUGUAACUCUCCUUAUACAUAUAACAGUGUAUCAAACACUUGCGAUUGUCCAACUCAAUGUCCAUCAAAUGCUUACAGAUCUGGGACAUGUAGUUGUACAUGUUAUAGCUCAUCCAAUGUUUACAACAGUGUGACUAAUACUUGUGAAACUUCACUCCAGUGUCCAGUCAAUUCCUACAGAUCUGGAAAUACUUGCAUCUGUACUUCUGCUUUCUAUACAUAUAAAAGUGGAACAAAUACUUGUGAUCUUCAAUGCCCAGCUAAUGCCUACAGGACAGGUACAACUUGUGUUUGUACUCUACCUUUUUAUGCCUAUAUCAGUGGAUCCAAUACAUGUGAGCUCCAGUGUCCUGUAGGUGCAUUGAGAUCAGGAGCUACUUGUGUGUGCAACUCACCCAAUAAUUAUAACAGCAUUCUAAAUAUAUGUGAAAGAGGACCAUUUGAAUGCACUCUUAGCUGUGUACAACCUCAGAAGCCAGAUAUCACCUGCACAUUUUGUGAAUGUCCCACCCAGUGUCCAGCUAAUGCUUACAGAUCUGGCACCUGUGAUUGUAUCUGCUCCACACCUUCCUAUGUCUACAAUAGUUUUACAAACACAUGUGACCUGACUAUCCAGUGUCCAGCUAAUGCUUACAGAUCUGGCAACACUUGUGUUUGUAACUAUCCAUAUUCUUUCAACAGUAUAUCUAAUACCUGUGAGUCAUCAACAACCCCAUCAACAUGUGCAGUGACAUGUCCCUCAGGAUCUAUACUGAAUACAGACUGUACCUGUCGAUGUGCUGUUGGCUAUGAAUUUAAUCAGACGGUGAAUCAAUGUGUCCCUGUUCCUAAGUACAAUGUGUGCCAAGCCUCAGAGUACUCUUGUGAAAACAAUCAAGUAGCAUACAAAGACUGUCAUGGAAAAUGUUUCUGUGCCUGUAGUUCAGGAUUUGCUGGCCCUCGGUGUGAGAUUGUUGUCAGAGCUAACUUGUGUGACAAUUGUUUCUACGACAAUGGCCAUUAUCAUGCUGGAGUAGCUAAUCAUUGUGACCUGUAUGUAAACUGUAUCCCCAAUGGUAUCAUCUUAAGGAACAAUUCCAGACCAGAUUCUUUUACUCCCUAUGUUAUGUCCUGUCCACCUGGGACCUAUUAUAUUACCAGACCUGAUGGCUGGAAGGGCUGUGACUUCUUGACUAAUGGCAUCUGCUCUGCUGAUAAGUGCCAGUCACUACAACCAAAUGCCAAAUAUGCUGAUCAAAAUGCUUGUCAGAGCUAUUGGCAAUGUGGAGACAACAGAAAGCUACUCAGUAAAGGUUGCUGUGAAGCUGGUCAGGCUUUUGAUGAGCGAAGUCAGUCAUGUGUGACCAGCAGUAGCUGUCAGGUCAGCUGUGGCUCUCAGGUGUCCACAGGAUGUAACAUGACUACUGCUACACCAGCUAGCACAUGUCCAUUUGCUGUGACACCAACUGAUCCUAAUGAAUAUUUCUAUAAAGAUGUUUCAUGGGCCAAAUUAAGAUGUCUUCCCAACAACAUCAUGAACCUAACAUUGUGUAGAUGUGUUGCAGGUUAUCCUGAUAGCGUUAGCGGCUGUGAUCCAUCUGUUAACAAUAAUUUUGAAACCAAUCCAAAUAGUGAAGAAGACAGUGUUCCCAGAAUACAAGUGUCAGGUGUAGGACAAGUUGCCAACUUCUCAGGAAACCAGGAUCUAGUCCUGAAAAUGUUUGCUGGUUCUGGAUUCUAUACCAACUACUUCCAAAUCAACUUGAAACUCUAUCUACCUAAUGUACCUACAGGAGCUCAAAGGAUGGCAGUAGUCACUAAUGCUGAUUGUAGCAGAAGAGAAUCUGUUUCUAUCACAGUGGACAAUACAAAUUUCUACUUUCAAAUAUAUCAACUUGAAAGUAACAGCUCGGUUGAAAUUAAUAUACCAUACUCAGGAUUAGCUGAUAAUAAAGGAUGGUAUGAUAUCACUUUAAUCUAUCAAAAGAUCCAAAAUACAUUUGAGUUAAGUGGACGAAUUGGUAGUGUGACACAGAAGUAUCAAGGAAACAUCAAUCUGACAGCUUAUAUUGAUACAAGAAACUGUGCCCUCCAUCUUGGCUAUGGUUUUAACUAUAACAGUCUCAUUGGUUAUGUGGAUAAUUUCCAAGUUUGGCGAUGCAAUCCAAACAAUUCUCAAUAACUUAUAAGCAACAAUAAUAAAACUGUGAUUUUACAUCUUUUUUUUUUUUUGGUCCUUUGUAACUUUGGGAAAUAUUUAUGAAGUGUAUGUAGCCUACUUUAGAUCUACUAUUUCAUUUAAAGCAUUAAAAAAUUCUUUACUACAGUUUUUUUUUUAAAUCUAGGCCAUAUUGCCAUUUACAUUCCAUGUCUUUAAAAAUAUUUUUAUAUAUUUUAUUUAUUAUUAUUUUUUGUGUUUGAUUUUUUUGUCUUUUAUCUUGCCUUGUGGACUUUUGCUAUGUCAUAAUUGAUACGGUCAUACCACAUAAAUCUUUUGAAUGUUUUGAUGGUUCAGUCCUUGGAGCUAGUCUGAGCUAGAGCUACAUCUCAUGUUAUUGUUGUUUUUUGAUUUCCUUCCAUUGCAAAGUCUUAAAUUUAAAUUUAAUGUUAUUGUAAAAAUUAGCUUCUUUUAAGAAUUGGUAGCCUUGCAAAGAUAUAGAAUGCUUUGAAAUAGCUUCUCUUGAUUAUUCCAAGUAUCAAUAAUUAGAAAUAUGAAACCAUAAUAUUUGUUUUUAUUAUACAGAGAUAUUGUACACUUGAAACAUUAAAAUUAUCUUUUGA